AUGGGUGGGUUCAUGGAGGCCCUGGCGGUGGGGAAGGUCAUCGGAGACGUCGUGGAGCCGUUUGUGACGGAGGCCAAGCUGACGGUGCAGUAUGGAUCGAAGCAGGUGGCUAAUGGCCGUGAGAUCAAACCCUCUCUGGCUGCCGACAAACCCCAUGUUCGAGUGCUUGCUCCUUCUAACAAUGCUGCCAACCUAUACACUCUGGUAAUGGUGGACCCUGAUGCUCCAAGUCCAAGCGAGCCAACCUUCAGAGAGUGGCUCCAUUGGAUUGUUGUAGAUAUCCCAGAGGGUUCUGAUGCCACCCAAGGGAAAGAAGUGGUGAGUUACAUGGGGCCAAACCCACGGACAGGGAUACAUAGGUACGUGUUCGUGGCGUUCAAGCAAAGAGAGGGAUCGCUGGCUGGCGUGGAGGCGUGUUUGCCGGAAGAGCGUGCCAAUUUCAAUACGCGCAAUUUUGCAUCCAAACACGCCCUUGCUCUCCCCGUCGCCGUCGUUUACUUCAAUUCCCAAAGGCAACCGGCCAAGUCCCGCAGGAGCACCCGUUAAACCAUUUUCUUUAAUCCUGGCCAUUCCCUGGUUUA